CAUAUGGUUUGGUGCUCGACGUUGUAAGUGGAGUUCCGGGUCUCCAUGCAGCGCCUUGGUGUAAGUGAAGUAUGACGUCACUCCGCUCCUGCUUCCAACCCGCAGACUCAACCUAGUAGGUAUUUAUCAGACGACGGCAGGAGCAAAGAGCACACGACACUGCCAACAGCAUUUACAAAAACUUGAGAAAGACGAUUAUUUGCAAGGAUUUCUCAUUCAGUUCAUCAUUUUCCACCGAACUACAAGCGAGACCACAUUCCAAAUCGCAUCUUCCGACUUACGCGGGAUCCGAUACUCUUCUAAUCUACCCUUCCACAACACAAUCGGUACAUAGUAGCAACCGAUCUCGACCUACUCAAAAUCCCAAACAGUACCAAUACUCCUACUACUAUUCGACCGUAAGACAGACAAGAUGGCCCGCGGAGACGUCGACCAUGUCAAGGUCCACUACAAGGGCAAGGACGAAGACUUCGUCGUCUUCAUCGACAGCACCGAGGACUAUCAGAAGUGGCUGAGCGACAAGUCGGUGCCGUUGGCGCAGGUGGUGUCGUCGUUCAAGGUGUUUACCACCAACAAGCACGGAGCCCAGGGAAUGCUCGACGGCGCGUCGAAAGCAGUGCUCGAGAACGAGUUCGGCACAUCCAAGGACGAGGAGGUGGUGCUGAAGGUUCUGGAGAAGGGCAACCUGCAAGAGUUCGAGUUCGCCGAGCGUCAAGGCCGGAGAAACGACUCCAACGGCGAGUUCAUCGGCCGUUAAGUGGAACCGAUGUUUCGUGCCACGGACUGUCAUGGUGGGCGAAGACCCCGAAGGAGGGCUGGACUCAUAUUCACAGAGGUGACGGGAGGGGUGCAUAUGUGUACGAUAUCGGGGUCAGUUCAGGGCGUACCUUGAUCAUCGAUCUAUCGUCUUGUCGCAAGCGAUUUUAGCCUUGGAGCGUCGCAGGCAGGGAAAUGAAUCCACCACAUUUUCGCGUUGAACUUGUUCCACCGUGUAACAUGAGCCGUCCAAUCUCGCCGUCAAGGUGACCGACGGACUUCUGAUAAUCCGAGUCCCCGAGCACGAUGUCCGAUGGCAUGUCUCACUGUGACCCUAUCCGCAUCUGAUGCGUACGAACAGCAUCUUUUGCAGCCGGACAUGGUUGGCUUCAAAAGCACAGCGUUCAUACCUACGUACAAAAGUUGAUCGUGCAUAUCCCGAGUUAGGAUUGUUCCUGGCCGUCUGAUGGCGAGAUCCAUGCUUU